AUUUACCAGUACAUUUUUGAGUGCUCUCUAUCAGGCGAUAUCCCUGGGAUAUUGUGUGGCUUGUGUCAUGGAGGGAGUCUGUCUGAGCAAGACCCAGUGGAGGGACAACGCUAUCCAGUUCAUCAGGCUUGCAUUACUGGCAAUGAGACUGUUGUAGAGUAUUUGUAUCAGAAUGGAGCUAAAAUCAAUGUGAGUGACGCUAGAGGAAUGACACCACUUCAUCUCUCAGUCCUUAAUGAUGAUGCCACUCUUACAGCACUGCUAUUAAAGAGAGGUGCAGACUACAAGUGUGUUGAUGAUGACAACAAGACUCCAUUGAUGUAUGCAUUGGAGAAGGAGAAUGGAAACAUAGUAACAUUGUUAAAGUUAGCUAAGGCAAGCGAUGAGGCUGGUCGUAGUGAAAGUGUGGACUCCCAAAUGUUUAUGGAUGAAACCAUGGCAAGUAUUUAUAAGGAUUUUUCAGGUGGUGAUCGGGACAGUUUAAAGAACCAGUCCACUUCUAGUAAUAAUUCUACUCCUUCUGUUGCUUCAAGUGGAGAGGAGGGGAGCAAGGUCUAUGUUUCCGUUGCAACCAUUUCUAAUAGCAAUCCUGUCUUUUCAGUUGAGCAGAAGAAUUAAUUCUAAAAUAUAACUGUUAUUUUGUUGUUGUUAUUCUUGUGUUGUUAUUAUUAUUAUUAUUAUCAUAUACAUGUGUUUUUAUAUGAAAUUUAUCAAUACCAUCAUUAUAA